AUCCAACUAGGCCUGUGAAAGAUUUGGAUUUUGGACGAUUCAAGGGAUGAGUUCGUCCAAAACAAAAACUCAGUGUACACUUCCCUAGCUACCUCAAAAUUUAGUGUCCGUUUCUGUAAUUUACCUCAGAGGUUUAUUGUAAUUUUUCCUUCUUCAACCCAAGUCAGGCGCCGGCGGCUACCCCAAUAUCUCAGCCGCCCGCCCGCCCGCAUCCCCUACGCCCGAUUAUGAAACUUCUGAGCUAUAUCAAGCAAUGGAAAUCCGCUGCUCGAGAAACUAUAGCUCGAGCUUCAAUCGCCGCCCAAUUCCUUUCCUUAAUUCACAUCACCGACGCCUACAUCUGUUCCACAACUCUCGUUCAAGGGCCUAGCAUGCUCCCGACCUUGAAUUACUCAGGCGACGUGGUCUUGAUCGAACACUUAUCCCAUCGUUUGGGGAAGCUCGAACCUGGCGACAUUGUGGUGGUUCGUUCUCCCGUUGAUCCUAAAAAGAUUGUGGCUAAACGGAUUGUUGGAAUGGAGGGCGAUCGAGUUACUUACCUCACGGAGCCUUCGUACAGCGAGAGCUCCCGCACUGUCCUAGUUCCAAAAGGCCAUGUUUGGAUUCAAGGAGACAAUGUCUAUGCUUCUGCUGAUUCCAGAUAUUUUGGUGCUGUUCCUUAUGGUUUGAUUCAAGGAAGAGCAUUUCUAAGGGUUUGGCCAAUUCGAGACUUCGGCUUUUUGGGAUGAAUUUGCUUGAAAGGUAUGCAGUUGCCUGGGUUCGUAAUCCUUUGUUCAAGGUUCCCUAUGAUUCACUCUUACUUGGUCGACAACAAGUUUGCAGAAUUCGAUGGAAUUACAUCUCUUGAUUUGUAUGGAACCUUGCUGUUACUUUCUUGGUAGAUUUCAGAUGUUGAAAACCUGAAAUAACAGAUCGAAAUGUGAGCAUUUGAUAUUGGUAAGGGUGUGUAUGUAAGGAAUGCCCAAAUGUGAACAUUAUCAGUUCUGUAUAGUUCCCUGCAUUUGAAACUCAGGAACUAUGAAGCUGAAGUGUACAGAGGUAUUUACAUGCAAUUUGCUCCAACACUUCCAUAUCUUUACAACCCAUGAUUUGCAGAGUUGAUCUAGAGUCCAUUUCCCUUGCUUCAUGUAAUGAAUUGCCCUACGCAGUUCAUAUCCACAAAACAAUUCAAGUUAAAGUGUUAGACUGAAUGCAUUAGGAUGAUGUUUUGAUCUUCAGUAGGUUAAGAUUAGAUUCAUCCUGCUAUGUUUGUUGGAUAGUCUACAUAUUACAUGCUGAUGCUAGCCGUUAGGUUUUUGCGGUUUGAGUUAGCUAAGAGGUUAUUCGAUGGUAACAUGUUGGAAUAAUUAAGAACGAUUUUUCUAAUAUAUCAUUUCUGGAUUGUGUAUGUUACAAAACUAAUUAAUGAUUAAUUAAACCUAAGUUUGGUAAUAGCACUACUUAUUAUUGGGCUGGCUAGCCCAACCCAAGUGCACGCACAAAUUUGGGCCUACCUUUGCACAUUAGAAAUUUAUCUGGGCUUGUAAGCAUCGAUCCAUCAUGCUAGGAGGAGGUGUAAAAGUAAAACUGAAGCAUUCGGCAUGGCGUAAAUGGGAAGCCUGUGCUUUGAAAGAAGCAAAGCAAGAAUUAUUCAUUUCCAAGCCAUUUGGCGUUCAUCAACAAACAUUGUCUUGUCGGCCAUUCAUUAUUCGCCGCAUGCUGACAAUAAUAUUAAUAUAGGGUUCCCAGCCAUGCCCGGUUUGGCAGCUUCCGUCUGUUUUACGCUUACCUAACCUACCCCAGUCAGUCAGUCAGUCAGUCGGACUCAGUCCUCACCUUUUUAACGCAGAGCUCACUGGUCAGUAUUCAUAUUGGACUGGAGGACCUAUUCCUAUUCAUUCUGCCAUCUUCUGCUUCUUUGUAGAAAACUGUUGGGCAUCUUUCCAAUUUCCCUUUCUCUUUUCUGUCUGUUUUCUUUUGCUCCCGAAUCUUCCUAAUAUCGAUUGGUUGAUGGGUUUAGGUGUGAGCACUUGCUAAUUAACGGUUCUUCAACGGUUUGUUUAGGAUAUUCAAAUGCCAUUAUGCUAUGCUAACGAGGACUAGGUAAAUGAUAACUACUCUCAACUACUCAAUUUAUUGAGAUCAAUGAAUUUUUGACAUAAUAUUAAAGCCUUUUACUAUCAAAAGAUAUUUUGUUACUUUUGUGUCGCUAUUUAUUUACUCUUUGCCUUUCCUUUUGUUUUGCUCAUUAGAGGUAUUUUCAUGCUUGAGAUUGAGUUCUCCAGAUACCAUAUUCAGUCUACACAAUAUAUAUAAUAGUAGGAAGAGGAAAACUGUUGCUACAUUUCAAAUUUUUUGCAUGUGAAAGUAGGAAGGACAUAUUUGGUCUUCACAAUUACUUUUUUUUAUUUAUUCAUUAAAAAGACAAGUAUUAGGAUUCAAACCAUAACCACUUUAAAGAAAAGCAAAGAUCAUAA